AUGUUGCUCACCGAAGAAUGCAGCACUGUACUUCAAAAGGGAAUCCCACCAAAGCUUAAAGAUCCAGGGAGUUUUGUAGUUUCUUGCACCAUAGGCAAAAUGACAUUAGACAAGGCUCUUUGUGAUCUUGGAGCUAGUAUCAACUUAAUGCCUUUAUCCAUGAUGAGGAAGCUAGCUAUAGAAGAACUCAAACCCACCAGGAUGUCGCUAGUCAUGGAAGAUAGAUCAAUCAAGACACCUAACGGAAUUGUGGAAAAUCUGUUAGUGAAGGUUGGGGAUUUUAUCUUCCCCGCGGACUUUGUAAUCCUGGACACUGAAGAGGAAGGAAAUAAUUCAAUCAUCCUAGGAAGACCAUUUCUAGCAACAGCAAGAGCUAUUAUUGAUGUAGAAAAGGGAGAGAUGAUCUUCAGAGUACACAAUGAGCAAAUGGUCUUAAAUGUUUUCAAGUCCAUGCAGCACCCUCCUGAGCUAGAGGAUCACUUGAGAGUGGAUAUGAUAGAGAGCCUGGUGGAAGAAAUGUUAGAUAUCAAUCAUCAUGAGCAGGAAGAGGAAGGUCCGUAUCUAGUAACAAAAGUUUUUCCUUAUGGAAGUCUUGAGCUGCUAGAUGAAGCUACACAGAGCCACUUCACAGCAAAUGGGCAUAGAGCAAAGCCUUAUCUAGGAGGACAAUGGGACAAGGAAAAGGAAGUUCAGUAUCUGAACUGA